AUGAGCGAGGAGGAGUGCACUCCUCCUAAAUGUCCUCGACAGGAUGAUUCAUCAUACGUGGAUAUUAUCGAAAGGCAUCUGGAAAUUCAGGCGAGGUCCUUAGCAGAGAUUGAGAGGGUCGCGGCCCGUAUAAAUGGAUUGAAUGUUUUCGAAAGGCUUGAGGAAAGGAAGGCUAAAGCUUUAGUAGGGAGUUAUACUGAACAAAUAAUUAGUCAGAUGCCAUGCAAUGGAAGAUAUUCCUCCAGCAAUCCAGUCAGAGUUACCAUCCUGGCAAAAAAAUGGGGAUGGUGGUGGGAUUCUUGGAGAUUCAACUCAGUCCUUGCAAAAGAGUUGUCCAAACAACUGGCAAAAUUCCCUCAUGUGAAAGUCUCUUUCUUAGUCCCUGAAGGUUUAUGUAAUAGAAUUGACAAGAAAGAUGCCAAAAGUCACAAUGUUACCAUUGUUGAAGCAAAAAAGCAACCUGGAUUCCAAGAAUCCCUGUUCUUCCCACCAAAAGAUCUCACUACAGACAUUGUAAUCGGUGCAGGUGAAGGACUUUCCAAAAUGGCGCAAAUAUUUAAGGAAUAUAAUCACUGCAAAAGCAUUUUUGUUGGUUGGGAUUCUUUUGAAGAAAGCCUCUGUAGAAAGAGCAAAUUAAGAAAUGCUCUUGUUAAGGUUGAUAGUGAAAUAUUGGAAAGAGAAAGCAAUCUUCAACCUUUAAUGGAAACGGCUGAUUGUGUAGUUGCAAAAGGACCAAAGAUGGCAGAAGAACUUUCCAGAUCCCUCUCUUAUCGGAAGAAAAGAGUUUUUAAGUUCACUCCAGGUAUACUCAGUGAAUUUACUGAUAUCACACAAACCACUGAUGAUAGGGAGAAGUUUCAUAUCCUGAUUGCAGGACAUGACAACCCCAGUCAUUUUGAAAAAGAGGGACUUAAAGUUGUUGCUGAAGCAGUUGCUGGGUUGAAGGAGGGAUCCUAUAAGAUUAUUUUUGUUGGUGCUGCUGAGGGAAAAGAAAACUUUGAGAAAUUUGUUGAGGAAUUUCAUAAAUGUGGUGUUCCCAAACAUCAGCUGAUCAUUCGAAGCCCUCCAAGAGAUGAAGAAGAGUUGAAAAGGUGGCUCUGUGAAGCAGAUCUUGCCAUCAUGCCCUCAGGUGAACAAGAAUUUGGAAUGUUUGGUCUUGCAGCCUUGUCAUCUGGUCUCCCUAUCCUGGUUCAUAGUGCAUCAGGACUUGGUGAAGCCUUGACAGAUGUCCUUGAGGGUUCGUCGUUCAUUGUGGAGUCAGAGGAUGUCAGUAAGUGGUCCAAGGCAAUCAAGAAGGUCAGGGACAAGGGGAGGACACUACGGCUUAAGGAGGCUGAUUCACUGAGGAAAUAUUACAAUGAGGUGUACAGUUGGGAGAAACAGUGUGGAGCUCUUGUUGAGGAGAUGCUGAAGAUGGCUUCUGCUCAACAAGGCAAGACUCAGUAACAUGGAAUCAGAGUGAAUGCAUUGCUUAGCUGAACAAGACCAAACACACUUAUCCAGCAUGAGAGGGUGUGAAAUGAACAAUUAUGUAUUCCUUUGCUAUCUUAAAGUGUUUGCAUGAAACUUAAGGAUAUAGAUAUAGUACCUGUGGUUUAAAUGAGUACUAUAGGAAGCUCUAAGCACAUGUACUUUGGGUUGAUAAACAGUGUCCAUUGUCAACACCCAGAGAGGUGUGCUCUUUUACUGAACUUCAUUAAGGUUUUUGCAAUUGAUAUAACAGAAGCCUAUAGAUGGAGGCUUUUACAUGUACAGUAUAUUCACUUCAGAAAAAGUUGGCAGAUUCUAGUUUAUUGUUCAAUGUUUUAUCUAUCCUUAUAAAAGUAGGCUGCAGUAUUCCAGGUGGGACAGUAUGUAGGUCUUGUAUAGCAACAGUUCAACACAACAGCUAGGCACAAGCUUUUUUGAAAAUAUCUGAGGACUCCAAUUUUGGCUUUGUCAAUUAUGAUAACCAGAGUUAACACUCAGAUAGGUGAGCAAAAGACACUUUUACUAAACUUUGUUUGUAAUGUAUGUGCACUCAAUUAUCAUCUUAAAAUAAGCUUGGAAGCUGGGGCUCUCAUAGUUAUUUCAGGACAAGUGAGUUUCCUUCUCUGGCUUGACUAUCAUAACUUGUUGCUUGUAUGGGCCAAAGGCAGACUAAUUCAAGAAUAGAUACAUAAUUUCAGAUAAUGAGCUGAUAACUUCCUGUCGUGUAGACUCCCUGAUUUACACAAGGAGGGCUAUGGUAGUAAUCAUCUCCCUCUCUACCACCUUGGGAA